GCAGCCUUUCUGCUCUUCUACGAUCAAAAUGGGGACCAUUAAAAAAUAAUGAGCAGACAAUCGGCUUUUAUACCAAGCAGAUUCUUGAAGGAUUGAAAUACCUCCAUGACAAUCAAAUAGUGCAUCGAGACAUAAAGGGUGAUAACGUGCUGAUCAACACGUACAGUGGAGUGUUAAAGAUUUCGGACUUUGGAACUUCAAAGAGACUUGCAGGAAUCAACCCAUGUACUGAAACUUUCACCGGUACCCUUCAGUAUAUGGCACCAGAAAUCAUAGACAAAGGACCACGUGGCUAUGGGAAGGCUGCGGACAUCUGGUCUUUGGGAUGCACCAUCAUUGAGAUGGCUACAGGGAAGCCCCCAUUUUAUGAACUGGGAGAACCACAAGCAGCUAUGUUUAAGGUGGGAAUGUUUAAAAUACACCCAGAGAUUCCUGAAUCCAUGUCUGCAGAAGCCAAGGCAUUCAUAUUGCGUUGCUUUGAACCAGAUCCUGAUAAACGAGCUUUUGCUCAUGAGCUACUUAUAGAUGAAUUCUUGAAGGUUUCAAGCAAAAAAAGGAAGUCCCCAUCAAAGCUCUCAGUUCUUUCAGCUAACACAAAUGAGUAUCUUCGGAGUAUAUCCUUACCUGUCCCUGUUCUGGUGGAAGAUACAAGUAGCAGCAGUGAAUAUGGUUCUGUCUCACCUGACACAGAAUUGAAAAUUGAUCCAUUCUCUUUCAAAACAAGAGCCAAAUCCUGUGGAGAAAAAGAUGGGAAGGGAAUCCGGUCCCUUUUUCUAAGCAUCCCAGAUGAAAAUUUUGAGGAUCACAGUGCACCUCCUUCACCUGAAGAGAAAGAUUCUGGGUUUUUCAUGCUGAAGAAGGACAGUGAAAGGAGAGCCACCCUUCACAGAAUAUUAACUGAGGAUCAAGAGAAGGUGGUGAGGAACUUGAUGGAAGCUUUGGCUCAGGGAGCUGAAGAACCCAAGCUAAAAUGGGAACAUAUCACAACGCUUGUUUCCAGCCUCAGAGAGUUUGUACGGUCCACUGAUCGUAAAAUCAUCGCAACGACUCUUUCGAAACUGAAACUGGAGUUAGACUUUGACAGCCAUGGAAUCAGUCAAGUGCAGCUCGUGCUGUUUGGUUUUCAAGAUGCUGUCAAUAAAGUUCUCCGAAAUCAUAACAUCAAGCCACAUUGGAUGUUUGCAUUGGACAGCAUAAUCAGAAAAGCUGUGCAGACUGCUAUUACUAUUCUGGUCCCAGAAUUGAGGCCACAUUUUAGUCUUGCAUCUGAAAGUGAUACAGCAGAUCAAGACGAUAUAGAAGUUGAAGAUCAAGAUGAACAGCCUCAGAAUCAAACCAUCCAACAGCCUUGCAUUGUUAUGGAAGAUGCUGUAGCUACCUCAGGUGUAAGCACACUCAGCUCUACGGUAUCCCAUGACUCCCAGGCAGCUCACAGAUCACUGAGUGUCCAACUGGGCAGGCUAAAAUUAGAGACAAACAGGUUAUUGGAGGAGUUGGUUCAAAAGGAGAGAGAAUUUCAAGUCCUCUUACAUCAAGCUAUAGAAGAAAAAGAUCAAGAGAUCAGAAACCUACGGCUUAGGUCACAGCCAAUAGAUAUUCCUGGAUUGUCUGUCUGUCAUCGUCAUUCCACUGGCACAGGGACCGAAGACCCUGAUCUCAUAAACUGGCUGAGCGUUCAAGGAGCUGAUGAGGCCACGAUAAACAAGUUCCUGGCCGAAGACUAUACAUUAACGGACGUUCUCUGCUACGUUACACGAGAUGAUCUGAAAUGUUUGAGGCUGAGAGGAGGAAUGCUAUGCACACUCUGGAAGGCCAUCACUGACUUUCGAGAGAAACAUGCCUGACACUGAAAUUUUUCUUCGCUUCUCUGCAGAGAGGAAAAGAUUUCUUUUCAGCACAGAGCAAUUGUGCUGUCAGAAGGACUGUUGCACUUUAAUCCAGUAUUUGUUUACCAAUGUUAAAAACACUGCAGCUUCCUGACUGCUUUUACUCCUAUAAUCCAUAAGGAAUCUCUAAACAACCUGCAACAUUAUUUUACUUCAAAUGUUUUUACAUGCAAGUUUUUCAAAAAUUAAAAAAACCCAACAAACCAACCAACCAAAACCAUUAUAAACUCAUGAAAUAUUGUAGUUAAAGUAACCAGAUGUUAAUUUCAUGAAAAACUGAUGUAAGAUUUCAUGUGACUCUAUAUCACUGGAACAAAACCAAAAUGUGACAACAGCUUC